CCUCUCGCUAUGGCUUCCUCGCAGCAGCAGCAGCAGCAGCAAGUGUGCGACUUCAAGAAAGCGCCUGGAGCGCCUACAAGUGGUGUGCUGGGCUCUACCAGCGUCGACGAGCAUACACACUCGCACGACCAGCACACGCACUCGCACGACCACAGCAACCCCGCCCAGGAGCACGGCCACACGCACGAGAUCAUGGAGCACCCGGGCAAGUUCUCCGACCGCGACGUCGCCAACUUUGACCAGCGAGACUGGGACGAGCGGGCGUUCACCGUGGGCAUCGGCGGACCGGUAGGCUCCGGCAAGACGGCGCUGCUGCUGGCGCUGUGCCGGCGCCUGCGCGAGCGGUACAACCUCGGCGUCAUCACCAACGACAUCUUCACGCGCGAAGACCAGGAGUUCCUGAUUCGCAACUCGGCGCUGGAGCCGACGGACCGUGUGCGCGCCAUCGAGACGGGCGGCUGUCCGCACGCGGCGAUCCGCGAAGACAUCUCUGCCAACCUGGCCGGCCUGGAGAGCCUGCAGGCCAAGUACGGCUGCGAGCUCCUCUUUGUGGAAAGCGGUGGCGACAACCUGGCUGCCAGCUACUCAUCCGAGCUGGCCGACUUGCACGUCUACGUCAUUGACGUCGCGGGAGGAGACAAGGUGCCCAGAAAGGGCGGACCUGGCAUCUCGCAGAGCGAUGUUCUCGUCAUCAACAAGAUCGACCUGGCCCCCUACGUCGGCGCCUCCCUCGACGUCAUGAAGCGGGACGCAAACAUGAUGCGCGACACGGGACCAACAGUCUUCACCAGUGUCAAGAAUGGCGAUGGCGUCGAGGACGUCGUCGACCUCAUCCUCAAUGCAAGGAAGAGGGCAGGGGCAGAGGGCCACGGCAGGCCGCUUUAGGUUGAAUGUCGUCAUUAAUGUUAUGACAGAGGGAGUGGACUAUAACACAGUUUUGCCAAGGGACCGAGGAGAGAAAAGAAGUCCCUGACUGAAUAGCAGAGAAGAGGAGUGGAGAGGAGAGAAAGAGAAAAGAGAAGGGAGAGAGGAAGAGCACACGCAUUACCCCAUCAUGCUGUUCUCGGCAAAGAG